GAGCCCAUGGUGUACUAGGGGGGCAACAGAGUCCAAGUAAAACUAAAGCAAGCAACAUUUGAACCAGAUGAUCCAAGUUCUCUGCAGGACCUGUCAGAAAUAAUCAGGCCUUGUAUGGAUGGACGAAAACAAUGAGAGAAAUACUUCAGAAUGCAGAAGAGCGGCCACAUCUAGAGAGCCAGAAAAGGAAAGACAAGAGAAGGAACAGUUCUACAUUUGGCCCCUCUUCCCAGCCUCUUUUCCUCUCAGGAAACACAUCCUGUUGCUGGCUGACUGUGGUGGCCAACGUGUUUGUUGCACACAAGAGAGGACUUCAAGUGAACGCCCCCCCCCCUCCUCCAGGGCUGCAGACAAAAGAAUAUACAACAGUGACGUCCAAGAAGGGGGGUCUUUUUGGACAUUUGAGUCACACCAAAACCUUGGCAUGCUCACACAUUUAAAGCGACCGGAGGACGGUUAUGACCUGCUGCUAAGGCAAACUGACGAGCUGCAUCAAAUCAACUCUGAGCUAAAAGCAUCUGCUGUGAGGGAAACAGAGAGGGGCAUCAUUAGAAGGAAACAGAGGGAGGUGGGUUUAGGGGACUUUUUGUUGCAGGCAGUGGAGAGACUAUUAGCAACAGUGCAGGGGCUCUUGCCUUUUUUGUGUACGCCGCACACACAAGUCAAGAUCAUACGUGAAGGAGUGCGAGAGCAAGAAAAGGACCCACGGAGCAACAUCCACUAGUCAAGCUGCAUCCAUCAGGAGCCGGUGGAAUGGACCCCGGUGUCUGUUGGAUUGAUCCGAGCAUACCUACAGUGCUGUCAGAAGAGGAAGGCUGAGGGGUUACCGACUCGGGAAUGAGGAUGAAUGGAGAUGUUCUUUAGCUAAACGUCAAGACAACACCCUCGCCUAUUCUUCAUUUGUGUAACUUGCAAGUGAUCUGCUGGAGGAGGAGGCGGUGGCAGCGGUGGAGGCGGAGGAGGUGGCGGUGGUUCAGAGGAGCCACGGGGUCCAGGGAGUUUCUCCAGAGGACAGGCGAGGGAGCAGGCAGGACGUGGACGAAGAGCAAGGGUUGGAACCUGAGGGAGAGGGCGGAGGAGGAGGGGUGGCUGGCACCGGGUGUCACAUGGCCGUGCAGAGGCUCGUGGCUGCGGCGGUGGCGGUGGCCCUGCUGUCCCUAGUCCUAAACAACGUGGCAGCCUUCACCCCCAGCUGGGUCCUGCAAGCUCUGGAAGAUGGGCGCAAGAGGAGCGUGGGACUGUGGAAGAUGUGCCCCAUUGGAGGGGAGAGGGGUCGGGAUGACCUCCAGGCGGGGCGAAGGGCUCAGGGGGCACAGAGGCAAUGUGAAGGUUUGGGAUGGGGCUCCGAGUAUGCUGGCUAUCAAGAAUCCCGUAGCUCUGUAAAAUUGCAGUUUGACAUGAUGCGCGCAUGUAACCUGAUGGCGACCGUGGCCCUGACGGCCGGUCAACUGAUCUUCCUGCUCGGCCUGAUGGAGCUGCCCUUUAUCACGCGAGAAUCUCAGUGGUGGGAGGAGGCCAUUGCCGCACUCUUUCAGCUAGCCAGUUUUGUCCUGGUGAUUGGACUUGUGACCUUCUACAGGAUCGGGCCUUACACACAUCUGUCUUAUUCCUGCUACGUGGACAUUGCCGCGUGCCUGCUGGCUACCACGGCGGCGGCCAUGCUCAUCUGGAACAUUUUACACCGCCGUGACGAUUGCCUGGCGCCGCGGGUCAUCAUCAUCAGUCGUUCGCUGACGUCGCCUUUCCACCCACGUCUGGACAAUGAUUACGUGGACUCACCGUGUUGAGCAGAAAACCCUCGGACAAGACUGGUCAAUUUUAUUAAACGGGUUUCCCAUGGCUCAACAUACAUCCACCUGCAUGUGUUCAAUUUCAUAAUCCACAACUCAUGGAUGUCAGGUCACCAAGUAAAUCUUUUCUUUGGAGAUAUCUGAUUCAUUGGUGGCUAAAUACGGAGCUAGAUUUGGACCAGGACACUGUCAUGCCUGCCAAGCAGAAGAUCAAGCUGGACCUUGAUUGUUAUAUAUGCACUUAUUCAAAAGUCCUUUUCCAUUACUAUGAAUUGGAGUUGUGAAAGAACAAAUAUAAAUCAUAAUAACAGAAUACCUCGUUUUUCCUGUCAUUUUGAAGCAUAUCUAAAUGUAAUGUUGAUAUAUCUAGUCGGUAAAAAUAUUAGUUUUCCAAGCAAAGCUUCUCAGUGGGUCAAUGCAAUAUUUAAUAGGAACCUGCAAUUUAAUACAAUUAAAAAUAAAGCAAAAGGGGGAUAUUUACUCUUUGCUUUCUGACUACAUGCACUUCUAUAUAAAAGCAGGCAACAACUGAAACUCACACACACACACACACACACAAUACUUUUUGCAAACCAUGUAAUCCACUUAGAGGUCUGCUUGAUUGUGGUACAUCCAUAUACUAAUUGAAUAACGGUUAGCUGUAUUAAAACACAGUGCUAUCAUUGAGAUGUAGUAAUACUUUGGAUUAUUAUAUCAUACAUUUGUAAAGAGCCCCUGUGGAUCUUCCACACGUUCUUACACAGGGCAUAAGUAAAAAUAAUACAUCUAAAUUCAAUAAAUCUCAAAUUCAAUCAC